CAAAUACCAUAUAAUUACAUUCUGUCACCAUGGUGAUGCAUGUGGAGCUCCAAGCGACUUGCAGUGCCCUUGGUUACCAGGAGGGUGACACCUAUGUCAAAGAACCGGAUUGUCUAGAAACCGUGAAGGAUCUCAUUCGCUUUCUGAAGCGUGAGGAUGACACGCUUGACAUCCGGCGUCAGCUUGGCCACGCCCAGAUACUACAGAAUGACCUUGUACCCAUCUUGAAGCAGUACCACGCAGAUGCUACUUUAUUUGAAACUGUCCUCAGGUGCUUGGUUUUUGUCGAUGAGGAAUUAUUUGGUGUACUCUCAGCGAAAAUUGGAAGCAUUCUUAAAUUGGACUGGGAGCACCGACAGGAAGAAGACAAGUUGUUGUUGGAGAGACUUCUCAUUCUGAUCCGUAACGUGCUGCACAUUCCUCCCAAUCCCAACAUUGAACAGAGAACUGAUGACGAUGCCAGCAUUCAUGACCAGAUAUUGUGGGUUAUGCAUGUUAGUGGUUUGGAGGACAUGCUUUUGUACAUAGCCAGUUCAGAUGAAGAAAGACAACUCUGUAUGCAUAUGCUCGAAAUCAUCUCCCUUAUGUUUCGGGAACAGACUCCUGAGAUUCUAGCUUCAGCCGGAAUGCAGCGAUCUCAAAAUGAAAAAGAGAAAGAUGAAAGAGAAUUGGAACUUGUCCGCUUGAAAGAAAUUAAAGAAAAAAGGAUGAACAUGUUAAAACAUAAUACAAGACAUUCCCGAUUUGGUGGAACGUACGUUGUACUGAACAUGAAGUCGAUCAGUGACAGAGAUCUCAUCUAUCACAAGUCUCAGGGCGACAUUCAGAAUCUGUCGCUCGACUUGAACAAGAAGUAUAAAAAGAAGGCCAAGAACCUAGCGCCCAUCAAAGACACGGAAGUCCAUCAUCGCUCCACUCUCAGCAUCCGGUUGUGUCUGAAGGAAUUCAUUGUCCAGUUCCUCGAGAACUGCUACAACCCGCUCAUGUUCGCCGUCAAGGACAACCUGCAGCGUGAGAAGACGCAGGACCACGAUGAGACGUAUUACCUGUGGGCGAUGAGAUUCUUUAUGGAGUUCUGUCGACUUCACAGCAAGAGAGUCGACCUUGUCAGUGAAACGUUGUCUGUGACAACCUUCCACUACAUCUACAACAACCUGCUGACCUACUACGAGAUGAUUACGUCGGAGAAGAAGGAAGCGAUCACUUGGAGCAAAAGAGUCCAUCUUGCAUUGAAGGCAUAUCAAGAACUUCUGAUGACACUUGAUAUGAUGGACCGGUCCAGAAACCCUCAGUUAAUGGAAUCUUCUAAAGUCGUCAAAAGCAAUAUAUUUUACAUGAUGGAAUUCCGAGACAUCUUUGUGACAUUACUAAAACGGUUUAACCAAACCAAGCAGUCGAGGUCCUAUCUGAAAGAUCUCGUGGAGUCUACCCACUUGUUCCUCAAGAUGCUCGACCACCAUUCCCGACAGACACAUCUAGUCGUGCAGAAGAAGAAGACGCGGAGAAAGAAGAAGAAAGAAGAUCGUUUUACUUCAGAACCGUCAUUAACAGCUGACGGAGAGUUGUCAAUAUUCAUCAACAACAACCAGUCCAGUGAACCUUCUGAACAAGAAUUAGAAGAUUCCUGGGAUGAAAUCUCAGAUGAGUUGUCUGCCCUUGUCCAGGGUCACUCUGAGAUACCAGCUGAUAUUUCACCGUUUGAUGCGGCUUCAGAGGUCGAGGAUGAUCAACAGAGAGCCGAGGCAAUGAUCAAAAUUCAGGACGCUUUGCGAGGACACAGAGCUGGAGAGAGCGUGGCACUGCUCCGGGCCGCACGAGAAGUGUGGCCGGAGCGAAAUGAUUUUGGAUCUGCCGACAUCAGCCCAGAAGAUGAGUUCAUGGCGCUGAGAGAAAUCUUCAUGACACAUUUACCAAGUAUGUCAUGUUUACGAGAAGAUGUUGUUGAAUUACUGUCUUCGCUUUUCACCGAUUCUGUUGGCUCUGACACCAAAUCUUUAUCAUUUUUACUGUUAGUUCGGUUUGCCGAUGCUGACCCUCCUUCCAAAUCAUCUCUGGAUUCGGUUUUAUUGUUGUCAGCAGACACAGUCAUUGUAACUCCUGAUUUUAUUGUCGUACGACGUAACAAGUCAGUUGGCUUUGUUGAAAUGUCCGCUUUUCCACUUGCACUUGACUCUCGGAUUCCACCGCGUGACGACAAACAAAUGUUUCUGGCCGUUCCCAUGAACUCUUAUCCUCCCCCAGAGUUUGACCACUCAGAAAAGUGUUUACAUAGACCCAGAUCAGAGGCUGAUGCUCCAGUAGAAUUGGAGGGAGAACAGUCAGAACAUGAAGUUGAAGAAGAGGAGAUUGAUGCUGUUACAACGACAGAGCAGUCGUUUGACUUCAAGGCUUUUCUACACAACUUUGCUAAGGGAGAUAUAUUGAAGGGCUAUGGGCUGUUGCUGGCAGACUUCGAGACAAACACUGUCCACACAAACCACUGUGUUCUUAAGAUGAUGCAUCGCAUCGCGGUCGACCUCGGAUACCCUGCCAUGAUCUUCCAGGCUUCCAUCUUUAGAGUCUUUCAGAAAAUUCUCUUAGGACCAUAUGCAAAAAUGUCACAGUACCAGGAGCUUGUGAGGUUUGCCAUGUACAUCAUCCGCAGGUUCACCGAGAUUGCCGAAAACAACAAGAAGAUUUUUAUGGAAAUGUUGUUUUGGAAAGACAAAAAAGAGUCACUUGAAAUCACUGAUGGAUAUGGUUCUUUCAGCAACAAGGUGAAAAACACGUGGACAGAAGAUCAACAAGAAGAACUGCUCCGACUUUACGAGAUGUUCAGGGAAAAUGAAGAUCCAGAAAAGGACACAGUUGACUUGAUAAUGGAAAGGUUCACUGACCCGACAAAGCGACGAGGCCACAUUAUUUCUGAAUUAAAGAAACUAAACCUGAUCACAAGUGCUAAAGAUCUACGAAAAAAGAAAGCUUCAUCUAAAACAUGGACAGAAGAAGAAGAAUUUGAGCUGGCUGAUCUGUACGAAACACACAAGAAUUCUGAUGAUCCAGUAGGUAGUAUUAUAUCGGAGCUGAGCAACAAACGAUCGAAGAACAAGGUCAUCGAAAAGUUGAUCAGCUGCGGUCUUGUUCAGGAUAGAAAGGAUCUGUACAAGAAACGACGCCGCAGCAACAAGAAGAAGGGUAGUGACGACGACGAUGAUGAUGAUGAUGUAGCUGGUGAUGGAUAUGACGAGGGAGAUGGAUUUAUUGUGAGAGAAGAUGAUGAUGAUCGCGGUGACCAGGAUGUCGAUGAUGAUGUUCACUCCAGUGAUGAUAAUGACAGCGCUGUUGACAGCGACGAUGGCGAAGAAAGGGAGGUAACUCCAACAUCACCCUCCAAUGCGGCUGACAGUAUUCGCAAUCUAGUUACGAAAGGGUACAGAGAACAGAUUGGCUGGAUUCAGAUCAAACUGAGAAGAACUGCUGACGAUAGAGAACAAACAGGUGAAUUGAUACCAGUUCCCAUCGUCCCACUGACUGAAGAGAAUGAGACGGCGAUGGAGGACUCAGUCUUUACGGACUUUCUGCAGCGGAUUGGUCUUGCCCCUCCAUCCAAUGAACAGGAAGCGUUUUGGAGGGUACCCGGGAAUCUUACGGCUUCUGACCUGAGAAAUAUAGCGGAUGGACUUCAACUGAACGAAGCUGGUGAACCAAUCGCUGCCGAUAAGAUAACGUUUAAAACAAAGAUGCACACCGGAAACAAGAAGGUGAAAAAGUCUCGAAAAGAUUCAAAGAAAACUAAGAGGGAUGGUAAGAAAGGAAAAACGGACGAAAGCAAAGAAAAGGAAUCGAAGAAGAAGAAAGCUGCCGAUCGGAUGAAGAUGUUUCAUGAUUUGAUGAAGAAAAGAAAGGAAGGAAAACGAAAGCGAAGAAGUUCGGAUUCUGAUAGGGUGCGAAAACAACAGAGACUCUCUGAAUCGGACGAUGACACUCCACUGAAUGGUCUCGUAAACGACAAAGUAAAAGAGACGGCAGAAUCUGAUCAGUCAGAACCGAGUCAGAAUGAAACGACUGCGAGACUAAAACCGACGAUUGAUUCAGACAGUGACAGUUUGUCGUCCGAAGACGAACGUUCCUCAGCUGUUGUUGAAAAACAAACAGCAGCCUCUAAUCAGUCGGAAUCAGGGAAGAAGAAACCGGCUGCGAGAGUAAAACGAAUGAUUGAUUCGGACAGCGACAGACUCUCUGAAUCGGACGAUGACACUCCACUGAAUGGUCUCAUAAACGACAAAGUAAAAGAGACGGCAGAAUCUGAUCAGUCAGAACCGAGUCAGAAUGAAACGACUGCGAGACUAAAACCGACGAUUGAUUCAGACAGUGACAGUUUGUCAUCCGAAGACGAACGUUCCUCAGCUGUUGUUGAAAAACAAACGGCAGCCUCUAAUCAGUCGGAAUCAGGGAAGAAAAAACCGGCCGCGAGAGUAAAACGAAUGAUUGAUUCGGACAGCGACAGACUCUCUGAAUCGGACGAUGACACUCCACUGAAUGUUCUCGUAAAUGACAAAGUAAAAGAGACGGCAGAAUCUGAUCAGUCAGAACCGAGUCAGAAUGAAAUGACUGCGAGACUAAAACCGACGAUUGAUUCAGACAGUGACAGUAUGUCGUCCGAAGACGAACGUUCCUCAGCUGUUGUUGAAAAACAAACAGCAGCCUCUAAUCAGUCGGAAUCAGGGAAGAAGAAACCGGCCGCGAGAGUAAAACGAAUGAUUGAUUCGGACAGCGACAGACUCUCUGAAUCGGACGAUGACACUCCACUGAAUGUUCUCGUAAACGACAAAGUAAAAGAGACGGCAGAAUCUGAUCAGUCAGAACCGAGUCAGAAUGAAACGACUGCGAGACUAAAACCGACGAUUGAUUCAGACAGUGACAGUAUAUCAUCCGAAGAUGAAAGUACAUCAGCUGUCGUUGAAAAGCAAAGUCCAGCCUAUAGCCCGUCGGAAUCAAGAAAGAAGAAAACAGCCGCGAGAUCAAAACGAAUGAUUGAUUCAGACAGUGACAGAUUGUCUGCAUCGGAAGAUGAAGAUAAAACGACUGUUGUCGAAAAUAAAAAUCUGGAUGAGGUGUCUGUUUCCAGCCAGUCAGAAUCGAUGAAGACGAGCACGAUUCCAAGAUUAAAACGGAUGAUUGAUUCAGACAGUGACAGUGAUGAUGACCGAUUGGUUGUUGAUGAAGAUCAGCCAUCCAGCCAGCCAAUGAGCAAGCGACCAAAACUUUUGAAUGCUGAGGAUAAAAGCAGCGAAGCGACGUUUCCGGCCACGAUGUUAUCCCAGCUGCAUGACGACUCUGAUUCGGACAUCGACGACCACGUUCCACUGAGGAGAGCGUUACACAGGAACUGUAUUCAGAGUGACGACGAUGACAACAACUGAACAAACACCAAGACAUUUAGUUAUGUCUCAAAUUUAUUACCCAUAUGGGCUCAAAUAUACGGGGUAAUAUUUUUCCGAUCUCUGCACAGUGUGCAAAUUGUUUCUACAGCCACUGAUUGGCUGGCUUAAAAAUCACUACGUUUGGUUGGUUGCUUGCUUGCCAUGUCCGGAACUUCACUUUCAUUCAUAUAAUGUCUCCAUUCAUGAGUCAGAUUACACAUACGUUAUACGAUCUACAAAGAUUUACAAAAACAAAUGGACUGAUUUGUUUCGUAAAUAUGAAAUGGUAUAAUUUUCAUAAGCAGUGGCUUUAAUAAUAUAUAAAAAUAAUUAUUUUCAAACGCAAAUACAGUUGUAUUAUUUUGUACUGUAAACAUUUGGCUGUAAAAAGAACCCCGUUAUGCUAUGACGUCACUUACA